UGCAUCCAGGAUCAAUUUUCAGAUUUGGUUCUGUUAAUUGUCGUAGAAGAGAGAAGAGAGAGUGGGGGGCUCAGAGCAGAGGGGAGGUGCAGGGCAGACAGACAGAAGGACAGACAGACAGCGAAGAACUAGGGGAAGUGGAGGGCGAGGAGAGCUGCCAGGAGACAGCAGUCCAGUCCACGCGCAGCCGGGGCUCCUUCUGGCGCCGUGCGCGCGCGGGUCGGAGAGAGAGGCGCGUGACGGUCGGACCGGUGCGGCUGCUUGACUUCAUUACCAUCAUCACCAACAAGUGUGACGGUCGUGUUGUGUUUCAUGAGAAGACAUGAAGAGACUAGAGCCACGUUUGGAGUCAGGAAUCAUUUCACUCGGAGAUUCCAUAACUUCCCCGCGUGCCGCUUAGGAACUUCUAUCGUUUUAUUCUGUACUCCAAUACGGAAAUGUGGACGCGUUGAGUGCACAACAUGUUGAUUCCGAUGUCACUUACCCUGCUCCGAACUCUCUGAAGCUUUCAACGUCGCCACAAUAAACCUGAGAUUACAGUUCCCUGCCGGAAUAUGCUCAGUGAGCGGCUCGAUUUUUGGAUGAGCUCUUUUGAAAUCUAUUUCAAAAGAUUAUAUAAAACGCUAUCAAAUCAAUUUUGAAGAAUUAUCUCAAGAUUAUCCCUUAGGUUGGUGUGAAUAAACCGAUCAUUUUGGCAGUUUUUAAAAGCUAAUGAAGCUGCAAUCAUCACCAUUUAACCACAAGACACAGGUGGAACCAUGAUUGCUUUUGCCUGACAGGACUUGCAGGAGGUCGCUGCUGAAUAUGCAAGACUUAGCAGGGCCUGAUAUGCCCAGGAAAUUCCCUAUCUUUGAUGGCUUUGCACUCUUGUGGUGGGGCUUGCUCUUUGGGUUAUUCAUUGCGCGUGCAGAAGUGACUGCUUGUCCCACGACUUGUCACUGUAUCGACAAGAGCGGCAUGACCGUGGUCCAAUGUAUGUCUCGCAACCUGGAGAACAUCCCGUCAGAUCUUCCGAGAGAUACCGUUGUCCUACUUUUGGCAUCCAACCACAUUACCCACAUCCCAAGCCACGCCUUCAGAGAACUGCACUACCUUCAGGAGCUGGACCUGUCCAACAAUGACAUCGAGACUGUGGACCUCGGAGCUUUCCAAGGCGUUUCGGACAGCCUCCUUGUCCUGGAUCUAUCAAACAAUCACAUUCAAAGUGUCCCCAAAGAGGCCUUUGCACGUCUACAUGCUAAAAUCAGCCUGUCGAACAACCCGUGGCACUGCGAGUGCACGCUGCAGGAGGUCCUGAGGGAGCUGCGGCUGGACCCCGAGACAGUCAACGAGGUGAUUUGCCACACGGCGGUGCAGGAGGAGUACGCGGGCAAAUCCAUCAUCCAGGUGCUGGACUCAGGGAUCAACUUUUGCAACUUCCACCACAAGACCACCGACGUGGCCAUGUUCGUCACCAUGUUCGGUUGGUUCACCAUGGUGAUCGCGUACGUCAUCUACUAUGUGCGACACAAUCAGGAGGACGCCAGGAGGCACCUGGAGUACCUCAAAUCACUGCCGAGCAGCUCUCAGAUCAGCAAGGACUUUGACACCAUCAGCACUGUUCUCUAGCAGGGCUCAGGAGAAGUGGUGUGCGUCUGUAAAUAUGUGAGUAAAUGUGUUAUGUACAAAAUGACAAAAAAGCUGUUGGGACACAUGAUCACCAGUGUUUUUGAGCACACAUUAUUUGAAGUCUUUCAGUGACUAAAAUGAGCCAUUUUGAUUAUUAAAGCUCCAUAAAUGAGUUAUCUUUUUUUAAAUUUUGAUUAAAUACGAGAAAAAUAAACAAAAUACUCCUUAAAGUCACAUUUCCAGGAUAGAUAAUAGCUCUAGACUGGAGAGACAAAUGUUCCCAUGCUGGUGUCGAUGCACAGUGUAAUUGAAUUUGGACUGAGAUGAAUGAGGACGACUGUGUCCUACAGUUACUUUGUAUCGAUUGAUUUAUGUUCUUCAUGUCAUACUGUCAAGGUAAAGGCCACUUUACAAGACUUUGGCUUACAUAUGAAAUAGGGCAAGGUGUUAACAUUCAGUUUGCAUAACCCAUGAAAACAUCCCUGCCUCCAGUAGAUCAUACACAAAAAACUACUGACCCAGCAAAUAAGGUUACUCUGUGCAAACUGCAUUGAUUCAUGGCAAAUAUAAAAUAAAUUCAAACAAGGAAAAGUUGUCGUACGCUGGCAGCUCUGAUGUGUUUUUGGUACAUCCCAAAAAUAUCUUAACAAGCUCUCUCUCAAAAAUCUCAUCAUCCCAUGCCAAGGUUAUGAAAGAAUAUUAACAUGCCUACUUUACUACCAAGCGAUAUUCCUGCAUCUUUUAAACAAUAUGUGAUGAUAUAGAGGUAUAAGGGUGAACACGACAAGGUUAACCCUUUUCACAGUUUGGCACACUAAAAAUUGUUAUAUCUUGCAAUAUAUGAACUCUGUUAUUUUUUGCAAAUCUUUACAUUUUUGGAUAUAUUAUCGCCCUAUCAUGUAUUCAUGGUAAAUGUAUUAGCAAACAAUUGCCUAUUUAAACAAUAGCAAACAGGGGGUGCUUCGUAUCUGCGCGCUUGUGUGUAUGCCAUGUGUGUCAAGGGAAACUCUAAAUUUCAGAGCACCCUCACUAAAACAUCGAGCAAACCCAUAGCACCAGCAAAAGAAAAUCUCUGGCGCCGCCACUGCUCCCAUCAGAGAUGGGUUCAAAACAGAGAUGAAAAAAAUCCAAAUGUUACACAAGCAACAAGUUCUCCAACCCAUACGACUACAUAGCAGGGUUGCCAGGUCUGUAUGUCAAAACCACGUUAUUAUGGAACCCACGCAACUUCUAGGAAAGGCCUGCCCUUCAAUAGCAUUCACAGGCGUCCA